AUGAAUUCCGACACGAGUAGAUGGCAAUUUAGUCUCCGGGCGAUCGUGGCCGCAGCAUCCAUCGCGGUCCACAAAUCUAUUGCGCAAGAAUGCGCUUAUGAAGGAGGAUGGGCACUUCGAAACGACAGAUCGUGUCCGCCGAGCGCACCCGUCGAGUGCGGCACCGGAGCGCAGCCAAGGUGCUGCCCUUCUGGCUUCAAAUGCACCGGUGAUGGUGACUACGUGGGCAAUUACUGCUGUGAAGAUCCCGCAGACUGCAGAGCUUUGUCGCUAGAAUAUCCCAAGUGCCCGGAUUCGAGUUGGACACUCUGGGGCGUUGAAGGGAAACUCGACAAUGGCGGGUGGUGCUGCCAGUCCGGGCAAAACGGCACGUACCGAGACAACUCGAACGGGAUCGCCCUGCUAUGUACUCCCACGACCGUAACAUCACUUGCGUCAACCAUCUUCUGGGCCGAGCCAGUCAGCACAUCGUCCUGCUCCACGACGUCGACGACCUCGACAGCGGCCACAAUAUCAGCGACUGCGACUGCGGCAUCCACGACCGCGACCACCAAUACCGGAGCGUCUGCCACGGCCGAGUCUACGGGUGCCGCCACAGCAUCUGGAACUAGUGAAUCAUCUUCAUUGUCUACCGGAGCGAUAGCCGGUGCUGUCAUCGGAGGCGUCGCUGGCGGCGCCCUACUCGCGGCGGGAAUCUUCUUCCUCUGGCGGAGAAAGAAGAGCAACGCGGCUGGUGCCAAGGCUGAGUCAACCCCUGCUUUGGGAGAGGGCUCAUCGGCGUGGGCAUACGAACGAAAGGAUGGACAAGGAUACGGAGGAAACGGCGGUGGGAUGAGUGAGCUCGCAGUUCCAGAGCCACGGGCGGAAAUGGAUUCCGCGACGCAGCCGACUUAUGAACUAGAUGCCGCGGCAUCGAAUACAGCAGAGCUAGACGCAGCGCACUCCGGUGCGAGACCGACUCGGAGGGAUGAUUUGAAGUACCGUUAG